ACCGACCUCCACCGUGGUUUAGUAGCUCAGACUGAUCGACGCGCUGUCAUUCUCAAAUUCGCAUCCAAUCGAGCGAGUCGGGCAGUGCCAAGCGUUCACCACCACCACUCCAGCUACCGCUGCGACAGUUAAUCAAUUUUAUAUGCCCAUGGUUGCCGCUGGAACAAGCUCGCCACUACCGGCUUCCAAGUCCAAGGCUAAGCCCAUUUCGCCAACGGCCAAGGGUAUCUGGUCUCUAGAGGAGCAUGAUCGCUUCCUGGAGGCCAUGAAACUCUAUCCUAAGGGCCCGUGGAAGACUAUCGCCGACCAUAUUGCCACGCGCUCGGUGCGUCAGGUGCAGACCCACGCACAAAAGUAUCAGGAAAAGGUGUCGCGUCGAUUACGCGGCCUGCGCAAGUCCAAGAAAAAACUCGUUCGUCCCGAGCACCGUAUCGAUGAGGACACGAUGGAACUAUGCAAGCUAGUGGAUUGCGCGGCUGAGAAGCUGGUUGCAGCAAGCAAGAAGUCCUCUUCGCGAGCAAGCGGCGUCAAGCUUGAGCCGUUGCAAAAGAAGAACACUCAGUUGCUGUUAGUGCAGUAGCGGUUAGACCCGUCAUAUUUGGCGAGGUAUCCGUGAUCAAGCACACUUGCUUGAUUCAUAUUUAUAUCAUAAAGAACCUUUGCAAUACAAGCCUUAUCGGUGGGGGAUGAUGCGUUGACGGAGUAGCUCGGAUGGACCAACGUACUGGAGCUUGAGCUACUUCCAGACCCAAUGGCCCCCGCUUGAUCCUUCGACAACGGUGUCUCCCACCCGAGGACCAGGGUGUCAUUUGCUUGCAGUGCUGCCGUGAUGAGGCAAACUCGCGUGCGGUCCUCUUUCGUCAUACAGAUGCUUGUGCGCUCUCUUCGUGUUCAAUCGAGCACAAGCUAGCGCAAUGAAGUGCCACCACUGUCAUGCGACGACGCGCAGAGACAAAACGUCUUCGCCCCGGCAAGCCAUCUUGGUUUCCACGUGCCUUCGUACAGCUGAAGAGCAAUGCAGCUUGCUGGUCGCACACAUACAUGUAUGUGCAUUGCCAUCAUGCUACCAGAAGCCUCCACUUAGGAGAACACGCCCGAAAAGCAGAGGUUCCUAGCGUUGGGGUUGGCUGCUUGAAGCAAUGCACCAAUCAAAACGAAUUGCUGCUGCAUCCUAUCGCUGGGAUUACUUUUUACUGACGUUGAGUUAAGCCAUGUCGCAUGAUUCCGUCCAAAAGAGGAUUUGCUAGUCAAGAGCCGUUUGGCGACAAUAUCAACAGCUUUGACUAGGUACUUUCAAUAUCAACAGCUUUGACUACUGUAGGUACUUUCAACAAUUGGCUUCGAGGUACACGUAGGAAGGGCUCAAAUAUCCUGUAACCACAGUGUCGGAAGGUUGGCGGAUACCCUACUUGUACGGCUUGGUUGUUCAUUGCUCGAUCAGAUCGAAACCUCGGCCGACGCGUGUUUAGUCUUGGGGAGCCCUGCGCGUGUUCAGUGCUUUUGACAACACUUGAACGUUGUGAAUCUCGUGCGUCGAGACAAAUCACGGCGAACGAAUUGCUGCACAGAAGUUCAUUUGCAAUGCAAAUGACUGCAGUCUGCAGUUGCCGCUGCGUUGAAGCUUUUGCAGAUUCAACUCGCGUGUCGUGUCUACGGCCGCUAUUCAACUCGGUCAUUUGUCAAGUUACUUGAGUACGCGCCGGGAACGACUGGUGCUGGGGGCCCUGCCUACCGGGUCGGAUUAGACUGCGUGUUGCGCAGCGCUCUUCGCUCCGUCGUCGCCACUCGAACGACCAGGGUUGAGAGCUGCGAUAAAACAAAUUGGUUUAUUGCCGGAAAUGUAUUGCAACCGAAAGGAGAG